UCGAGUAAGGAUCACUCACUGUGCAGAAGAAACCUGAAAAUGCUGAUUCUAACUCUUAUUUUGGGGAUUGCUUAUCCCAAUUUUUGCCUGGCGCAGUAUUAUAUUAAUCGCCCCAGCCACAACUUUCCGGAAUUCAAGUUUCCCUCAGAAAACAAGGAACUGCCUAUAGUUUUUGAGUGGAAGAACAUUCAAUAUGGUUUCCCCAGUGAACAGGAAAGGCAGCAGGUGCUCCGAAAUGGUCGCUAUAAUCCGGAUAGUCCCAUUCCCAUAGAUAUUGAUGUCUAUUACCCACCUAAUGGAGGACCCGCUCGACACUUUGUGACCACGCCUCGUUUUGGACAGGGCGUUCCCUAUUCUCUGGCCUAUGUAACGAAUGUGCAGAGGGAAAAUGGCAGUGAGAUACAGGCAUAUCCCAGUUACCAAUGGCACAGCAGCCAUGGAGCCAACUGCGAUGGCCUGACCUCCGUUUAUCGGGUCCACAUCGAUGCCUGUGGUCGGAUGUGGAUCCUGGACAGCGGAGAAAUAGAGUUUGUGCAGCACUGCGCCCCGCAAGUGGUGGUCUUUGACUUGGCCACCGACCAGUUGGUGCAUCGCUAUCGCUUACCCGAAUCCUCCUACAAGGCGAAGGUGAGCAGGUUCGUGAAUAUCUUUGCGGACAUAAGGGAUCCACCGCCCAAGGGAAAGUGCAAUGAUGUAUUCGCCUACCUGGCCGAUCCCACCAGCAAGGCGAUUGUGGUGUACGAUGUGGUGGGUCAGAAUUCGUGGCGCAUUGAGAACAAAUUCACCUAUCCGGAUGCCAAAUUCGGCACCCACACGGUGGCAGGUGAGAGUUUCGAGCUGUUGGAUGGACCCUUGGCCCUGGCGGUUACUCCCUUGGGUCUGGGAAUGCGCCGUCAUCUGAUCUUCCACGCUCUGUCCAACGAACUGGAACUGGCCAUUCCCUUGGAUAUCCUGAAUAAUGCCACCAAGUGGCAAGGGGGCUUGAGUGCCUCACUCUCGGAAUUCGUGUCCUUGGGAAGGAGGGGCGUUCAGUGCGCUUCGCAUGCGAUUAGCAGGCGUGGAAUCUUGUUCUGCGGUUUCCUAGAUCCCAUCGCAAUUUUCGGCUGGGACAUACGGACGCCCUACAACCGACAGAAUGUGCAACUAUUGGCCCUGAAUCCGGAUACCCUGCAGUUUGUGAGCGGAAUGAAGAUUGUACAGAGACCUGCGGAUGGGCGGGAGGAAUUGUGGCUGCUGUCGGAUCGUCUGCAGAAGAUAUUUGCCGGAACCAUCGACUACAGGGAAAUCAAUUACCGGGUGCUGCGAUGCGAUGUGGACGACCUGCUGCAGGGGCGGGGCUGCUUUUAGAGCCCAGAGACCCUUGAGAACCGAGAGGCUGGCUGUGUAAAACACACUUUAAGCCGCCAUAAAAGAUGUCCAUCCAUAAACCUUGGGACUAUUCGAAAGUGUUUGCUUGGCCGCCACAGGUACACGACCCUUGUCUUUGAUCUCGAUGGUCAAUUACACUCGGAAAAACAAUUACACAGUCGUCCAAUCAUUUUAAAAUAUUUUGUGAUUAUAUAACUUUUAUCUAGUUUUAGUUUUUAAGAUUUGGAAUUCCCUUUUCAACUUUUUAUCUGAA